AUGAAGCUUGAUGAUGCUCUAUGGGCUUAUCGGACCGCAUUCAAAACAACUAUCAGAAUGUCUCCCUAUCGCCUUGUUUAUGGAAAUGCUUGUCAUUUGCCGGUUGAGUUGGAGCAUAAGGCUUAUUGGGCAUUGAAGACCCUCAAUUUUGACAUAGAAAAGUGUGGUGAGGAGCGGAAGUUAGAGCUUUGUGAGCUAGAGGAGCUUCGGAUGGAUGCCUAUGAGAAUGCAAAUAUUUAUAAAGAGAAAACUAAGGCAUUCCAUGACCAAAGGAUCAAAACCAAGCACUUGGAGGUUGGGAAAUUUGUACUUCAUUUCAACUCCAAAUUAAAGUUAUUUCCCGGCAAGCUAAGAUCAAGAUGGAUUGGGCCAUUUGAGAUUGUUCAAGUAUUUAGUCAUGGGGCGGUCACAUUGAAGAAGCUAAGAGAUGGAUCUACCUUUAAGGUUAAUGGUCAUCAAGUGAAGCCUUACCUAGAGGGUGCACCAAAAGAUACUUAUGCGGAGGUGAAGUACUUCGAGGACCCUCUCACCGUUUGA